AUGAGUGCCCACCUGGCCCUGCCGCCCUACCCGCCCUACCCGGGCGCCGUGAGGUAUGGCGACUAUUACUGGCCCCCUCCAGGCAGCAUGGACAGCGCCUCGGCGGAGGAGGUGCCCGCGGCAGACGCCCUGUCCUUCCCUGCGGCGGCGAAGACCCCUCGUCACACAGACGCCUCUCCAACUUCCUCCAGCUCUGGAACCCUCAUUCAGUACACCCCAGAUUCUGCCACAAGCCCCACCACGGAAGACCCAUCUCCACAUCCCUCCUCUCAGAAGAUCAAGGAGGAAGGUGAAGGUGGGGUGAAGAAGGCUAAGAGCCGUACAGCUUUCUCUCAGGAGCAGCUGCAGACCCUGCACCAGCGGUUUCAGAGCCAGAAGUACCUCAGCCCCCAGCAAAUUCGGGAGCUGGGCUCAGCCCUGGGGCUCACUUACAAGCAGGUGAAAACAUGGUUUCAAAACCAACGGAUGAAGUUUAAACGCUGUCAGAAGGAGAGUCAAUGGGUGGAAAAAGGAACGUAUCUACCACAGAAUGGGUUUCAUCAAGCUGCCUGUCUGGAUAUGACACCUACAUUUCACCAGAGCUUUCCUGUUGGUGCAAGCAGAAACUUUCAUGCUGUAACUAAUGUCCACCAGGCUUACAGUAGUGGCCAGACAUACGGGAAUGGGCAGAGCCUGUACCCAUUCAUGGCUGUGGAGGAUGAUGGGUACUUUGGAAAAGGUGGGACAAGCUGCACUACCCAGCAAACCAUGGGUUUAUUAAGCCAACAGAUGAACUUCUAUCAUGGCUACCCUACCAAUGUGGAUUAUGCCAGCCUGGAGUCAGAUGAGACCUACAGCUUCCAGAGCACCUCUGAUGGCAUUGCACAGUUCUCGGGGUCUCCCAUACGGCAUCAGUACCAGGCCCCCUGGCAUCCCCUGGGGAGCCAGGACGGUUAUGAGUCUUAGGUCCAAGUAUUUUUUCCUUUCUCAGUAUUCUCUCAAUUUCUAGGGUCUUCAUCCAGAGAUCCAGUUUUGAUUCCUUUCUUUUUCUUUCCCCCCUCUUUGUCCCUAACCCAGUUCUAUUCAUUUGUACAGCACAAAACCCUGCUGCCUUGGUCUUUUCUGAAUAAGGGUAUUUGUCUGUGCAUAGCUGACAUCUGGCAAGGGUGGCUUAUAUUGUCCGCUGUCCAAGCCCCACCUUUGCUGCCUCUUCAGCAGGUGAUUUUUCCAGUCCUGGCCUUGGGUAUCUUGCAGCAGAACUUUGCUCUAGAGGAGAAUGUUCUGUGCUUCAGCAUGUUUAUGUUAAAAAUGUACUGUGGUAGCACAGGUCAUGCCUGCUGGUUUGUCUAAUUUCUGUUGUGACUUCAGUCAGCUGGUAAAUUCUUUAUUUGGGUCCUUUCCUCUGUCACUAAAGAGCAAAAUGAGAUCAUUUAAUCUUGGACAACUUGAUCCAAAGUUAAUUUGGCUCUUCCUCCUAAUGGGUGGGGUCAGUAUCUGCCUGUCCUUGGCUGAGGGGAGGGAAGGAGCACAGGAAAAAAAGUGGGAGAGUGUAAGGCCCUUAGAAAACUUCCCUGUGGUGCCCAAAGCUGUUAACUUUAUUUUUUGUGCCUGUUGGUGCAUUCAAGGUGGUGUCUCUGGAUUUGUUUUCUCUGGAUAUGUUCUCACACAGUUUAGAUCUUCCCCUUCCACCUCUUGGUACCCUGGAGUGCUAUUAGGGUACCCUAAGGAAGUGUGAGAAGUGUCUUAGGUCUAGCCAUCCUUUGAGUGAUGAGAACAGUUUGCAUAUCAGUACAUGAAGGUCCCCUAGCACUUCACAAAGACAGCACCACUAGAAUGCAGCUUUACCUGGGGUAAAGUGAAGCAGUUAAGGAAGAUUUUGUUGUUUUGUGUUUAAUGUUACUUAACCUGGAAUCUGGAUAUAGAGGAAGAAAAUCCUAUUGGGUCCCAGUGAAGUCAGCAUCCUAAGGGCUGGACCAGGAUGGUUUCCUAUUCCCUUGUUUUAUCCCUGUUUUAAAGAGUGUAAGCUAGUAAGAUUUUUAUCCCUUUCCCAGAACUUAGUUGGGUAUCUUUUAUAUUAUUUUACUGAAAAGGGCACUGGCUACCUCAUCUGAUAUCAGCGUGCAAAUUCUGGAUAAGUGUGGAGAGAAACCUAUCUAGACAAGGUGAAGGAGAAAUCCAAUGAUUUUUUUCAGUAUUUUCUUGUAAGAGAACAAUGAUCCCUGACAGUAUUGAGAAACUGGAUUUCAUAUCCAACCUGUGUGUGAAACUGACUUUUUAAUGGAAUGUGGAGCUACAGAUUCCUGUCUGCCACUGUCUAAGAAUGUAAAAUGAGGGUAUGAGGUAGUGAAAGUGUAGAUAGUUCUGUGGUAGGGCAGGUUUGUUGAUGCACAAUUCUUACUGCAAUCCUCCCCUCUUAAUACUUGCACAAGGAUUGUGUAUUGUAGUUGAACUUUGAUUGCAAGUAAGUUUACCGUUGCUCUAGAAUCAUAUUUUUCUGCAAUAUAUUUUGUAUAUUUUUUGCAGUGAUUUUGAUUUGGUUUUUAUUACUUUGUUUCUACUUAAUGUUUUUACAAACGUGUCUGAACUGAAAAUAAAUGACACUAUUUUAAUGUUCAAAGUAA